AUGGAGAACGGAGGACGGAACGGCGGCGCGCACAGCAACCAUGACAGAGACCAGCCGACACAGCAGAUGAACGGGGCCAGCAGGCACGCGAUGGAGGGCAGUGGCGACGUUGCAGGCAGACAGGCAGAGGCAAACGGACCACUGGCGUCGGUGGGACCUCCACGAAUGAACGACCUCCCGGGCGCAAUCCAGCAUGUGACGGACAAUUUUGUGCCGCUGGGAUUCCUGAUCGGGCGGCUGGCGCAGAAGACACACAACAACCUGCAGGACAUGAUCCGGGAGCUGGCGCGGAAACCGGUGGCGGGCAUGGUGACAAACGGAGUAGAUGCGGCGGGACCGGAGGACGGAUCGGUGGAGAACGUGGAGAAGAAGAAGAGGCUGCUCGAGUUUGCGCGGAGCGAGCACGCAAACUGGGUCAAGGCACUGGUGAUCACGGAAUGGAGCAAGAAGGCGACGCAGAUUAGCAAGCUGAUCGAUCUGGAGAAUCACAUGUUUGAGGAGGAGCUGGUCAAGUACGAGCAGGCGGUGUUCACGAUGCUGAACCUGAAGCGGAACCUGAACGCGGCGCGGGUGCCGAGCCCAGACCUGAAGACGGCACUGCAAGUGCUGUCACAGGGCAACGGACCGUGGAUGCCGGACCUGGGGUUCAUCGAGCCGGCGCCGCUGACGGCAGAGGAGCAGCUGCGGUGGCUGGACGACAUCAGCACGCUGCUUUCGCUGCGGUUGAACCUGGACGACUACGACACGAUCCCGUACCAGUUCCGGGACUACACGAUCCGGUCGGGACGGGCGACGUUUCGGGUGGAGGGCGAGUUUGAGGUGGACGUGACGAUUGCGAGCGACGACUUUACGGAGCAGCUCUGGUUUCUGGACCUGCGGUUUCUGUUCACGCCGGCGCCGGCGGACCUGACGGAGGGGCUGCGGACGGCGUUGGAGGACCAGGUGAACGGGGUGCUGGCAGCGGAGGGACUGGCGGGCUGCUACCGGAGCCUGCACGAGUAUGUGAUGACGCACAAGGUGAACGAGCUGCGGCGGCAGGCGCUGGAGCUGGGACGCGGACGGUGGGUGGAGACGGUGCGGGUGGAGCAGCUCAACCGGGCGAUCUCAGUGCAGUACUGGACGUCGCGAUACGGCAGCACGGGCCCGAAGAGCUGGAUCAUCAUCGGGGUGCACAGCGGACGGGCAGACACGGCGAAGGAGACGGCAGACGAAGGCGGAGACGAGCAGCAGACGAGCCGACUGGGGCUGCGGUGGUUCCGGGACGGCAAGGAGGUGAAGACGGUGGCGGUAGCGGUGGUGGAAGGCUCGACGGUGUCGGCGGAACGAGUGCUGAUGGCGGUGAUCGGGCUGCACGUGGAGCAUAUCCUGACGGGGAUGCACGAGCGGCUGGCAGCGAAGCCGCUGUUUGCGACGCGGCGGGCGGCUCUGCGACUGCACAUCUCGCAGACAGACCCGGGGGCAUCGUUUCUGGAGAUGCAGCUGACGCAUCGCGACCGGGUGUCGCGGGUCGUGAUGCACAACGAGGGCCGGAUCAACGCAGGGGCUGGCGGGGGUGCGAGCAGCACGAGGGACCCGAUCGAAGAGGGCCUUGCGAUGCUGGACAGCGUGCGGUGCGCGUCAGCACAGGAGGAUCUGGGGAGGCGGGCCAAGAGCUUUGGCUGGACGACGGUGCGCGGGCUUGUGGUCCGGAGCGAGGAGCUGCGGCAGGUGGUCAACCUACGCGACACGUACCAGGUGCUCUGGCUCAAGCGACAGGACUGGGACGCACAGUGGCACGUGCUGGCGUGUCUGAGCCUCAGCGGCGACCGCUGGUGGCUGGUGAAGUUAGAUACGGCCGAGUCGGGAACUCGGAUCAAGGCGCACAUGUCGCUGCCGCUGGGCACGAAUCCGGCAGACCUGGACGACUCGUUCUUCUCGGACCUGACAGUGUUUGCCACCGGCAUAGCGGCCCAGUACACGGACAUCCAGGAGCUCAUCCGGCGCAAGAAGCCGGUGAGGGCGGCCAAUGUGUGGAGUGCCAGCGUGGCUCCGCGAGCCAGACUGCCGGCGCUGACCAUCCGGCUCUCGGAGCUGCUCAAGUCGUCGCCACAGCAGCAGCAGCAGGGAUCACAGACGCUGCAGUUUGGCUUGGGACGACACGCGGCGAACAACAUCAUGUCGGCGGCGCUGGACGACCGACAACAGCGGCGAAAGACGGCGUGGGCGACAGACUUUGUGCAUCUGGUAUUCCGGGGCAUCGACAUGGACCCGGACCAGACGACAUGGACGACGGAGCGAGAGCGGCGGAUGGGAGUGCUGGCCGAGGCACGGCUGGUGGUGACAGACCGGGCCAAGUUCCGGCUGCUGGGCGGACGGACAGAUCACGACGUAGCGUUCAACGGACGGACGGGACAGUUCUGCCUGUAUCUGCGGGCGACGGUGGGCCAGUCGGUGAUGGACACGCUGGUGAGCCGGCUGCAGGCGAUCGAACGGGUGGUCGGGUUUCUGGAUGCGAUCCGGCGCGAAGCCAGCCGAGGGGUGCGAUGCGAGACGGUGACGUUGCGGCGGCUGGUCUUUUCGUACGGCGACGCCGGACAGCGACGAUGGACGGUAACGGUGGACCUGGGAGGAGGAGGAGGAGGAGAAAGAAGGGAAGAAAGACGGUCGACAGCACUGAGCAGCAGCGUGCGUCUGCGACUGGAACGAGGAUGUCCACACUUGCGCGUGGUGGACUUUCUGGGCCGCGUGGCAGGCGAUGCAGCAACGGCUGAGGCGGUGCCAUUUUUCCUGACGACGACGCUGGGACUGCAUCGGGCGCUGGACCGACUGGAGGACGUGUGGGAGCAGAUGCAGCUGCGCAACGUCGGCAUGUUGGGCAUCUUUCCGCGGGCGCUGGACUGGUUUGUGCUGCGGUUUCUAUUUCCGAGUCCGCCACAGGGCCGACUGCGACAGCUGGUGCUGGAGAUUCGACUGCGGAUGCGCAGUGGCGUCAGUCUGUGGCAGGUGCGUCGGAUAGAGGCUGUUUCCGGAGGAGGAGGAGCUGCGGCCGAUCCGGCACACGAGGACGAUCUGGGCCGGGUGUUGCGCAGCGUGUUUGAGCGUCGGGGUCGCGGGUGGAAGGGGCUGCAGACGGCGGCCGUGGCGAGUCCGUUUGGGAGAGAGGAAGAGGAGGACAGCAGGACGGAUGCAAAGGAGGAAAAGAUCGACAGCAAGAUGGAUGCCAAGGUGGACAUGAAAGCCGACAAGACCGACAGAACGGACGGCCUCUGCGGCAUCGAAGCCUGUCUGGCCGAGAUCGAUGAGCGCGUGCGGUCGCUGCUGCCGGUGCCAUCUGCUCUGCCGGCUGGCAUGUCUAUGGCACAGCUGCAGCAACGACGGGCUCAAGCGGCUGCACAUGCACACCAGCAGGCUCAACAACAGCAACAACAGCAACAGCAGCAACAGGCUCACCAGCAGGCGCAGACGGCCCGGAUGGGAUAG